UAGCCGGGAUACGGCAGUGCGGAUCGAGAGCCGUAAACGGUUGUGUUUUGGGCAAGAGGAGGUCAUUAGAAAGUGAGGAGUGGCACCGGAAGGGAUUUUAGAGUUUUUUCCUCAUGCACGUGUAAAGUAAUUAUAUUAACCACAGCUCCGUGUAAUUUUUCAACUGCUCCGACAUGCUUCGUCUUAUCCUGCGGCUCAGGCCGUCUUCCCGGCUCCCUCGUCCCCGUGCCCUCCCAGCCGGGCCUGCCGCCUCUACCCUCAGCUCACGUUGCAUAUCUGGAACCGGCUGUGCAAGGCGGAUACACCGUGUAGUCGGCUCGCGAGCUCUAUGCUCCACCGUGAUCUUCAGUCGCGGUGGAGCGCUGCUGCGGUGUCCCCAGCUGACUGCUAGCUCUCGGAGCGAACGUUUCUACAGCCUGCCGCCGCACCAGAAGGUGGAGCUGCCCGCACUCUCGCCCACCAUGCAGACUGGAACCAUCGCGCGCUGGGAAAAGAAGGAGGGAGAUAAAAUCAGCGAGGGAGACCUCAUAGCAGAGGUGGAGACAGACAAGGCUACGGUGGGAUUUGAGAUGUUGGAAGAGUGCUAUCUUGCCAAAAUUCUUGUUCCUGAGGGGACCAGAGAUGUAGACAUCGGAUCAGUAAUUUGCAUCACCGUUGACAGUCCAGACCUCAUCCCAGCAUUUAAGGACGUUACGUUGGACUCGCUUACUACUGGUUCGUCAUCAGCCCCCAGCGCUCCUUCUCCAGCUGCAGCUGCAAGUGCACCACCUGCUGUGCCGGGCAGCUCCUACCCAACACAUUUGAAGAUCACACUUCCCGCCCUCUCGCCCACCAUGACGAUGGGCACGGUGCAGCGCUGGGAAAAGAAAGUGGGCGAGAAGCUAAGCGAGGGAGAUCUGCUGGCUGAGAUCGAGACGGACAAGGCAACCAUCGGUUUUGAGGUGCAGGAGGAGGGCUAUCUGGCCAAAAUCAUGGUGUCCGAGGGGACGCGUGAUGUGCCGUUAGGAACGCCGCUCUGCAUCAUUGUCGAGAAGGAGAGCGACAUUGCUGCCUUCAAGGACUAUGUCGAAACGGGCAUUGCAGAAAUUUCAACACCUCCUCCUGCUCCAGCUCCAGCAGCAGUACCGGUCGCCGCGCCGCCAACGCAGGCCCCCGCAGCCGCCGCUGCAGCAGCAGUGCCCUCUUUGACCCCCGCAGCGCCCAGGAAGGGGCGCGUGUUCGCCAGCCCGCUUGCAAAGAAACUCGCUGCAGAGAAAGGCUUUGACCUGGCGCAGAUCACCGGUUCCGGUCCUGAUGGACGCAUUACCAGGAAAGACGUUGACGGUUUUGUUCCUGCAAAGGCACCAGCUGCUCCAGCUCCGACCGCGGCUGCAGCCGUUCCGGCGCCUGCCGCCGUUCCUGCCGCGCCAGCCGGGACUUUCACAGACAUCCCUAUUAGCAAUAUACGCAAGGUCAUCGCUCAGAGGCUGAUGCAGUCCAAGCAAACCAUCCCUCACUAUUACCUCUCUGUAGAUGUCAACAUGGACCAAGUGCUGGAGCUUAGGAAAGAACUCAAUGAGGAGGUGAGAGCCAGAAGUCUCAAGCUCAGCGUGAACGACUUUCUCAUCAAGGCCAGCGCGCUGGCCUGCCUCAAGGUGCCAGAGUGCAACUCCUCCUGGAUGGAUACGGUCAUCCGCCAGAACCACGUGGUGGACGUGAGCGUGGCAGUGAGCACGGCCAAUGGUCUCAUCACGCCCAUCGUGUUCAACGCGCACACCAAAGGACUCGCCGCCAUCAGCGCCGACGUGUCUGCCCUCGCCGCCAAAGCACGGGAUGGCAAACUGCAGCCGCAUGAGUUCCAGGGAGGCACGUUCACCAUCUCCAAUUUGGGAAUGUUUGGCAUCAAGAACUUCUCAGCCAUCAUCAACCCUCCGCAGUCUUGCAUCCUAGCCGUGGGAGGCUCUGAAAAGCGACUCAUGCCCGCCGACAACGAGAGAGGUUUCGACGUGGCCAGCGUGAUGUCUGUGACGCUGAGCUGCGACCACCGAGUUGUGGACGGCGCGGUGGGUGCCCAGUGGCUGGCCGAGUUCCGCAAGUUCCUGGAGAAGCCCAUCACCAUGCUCUUGUGAGCGGACUGUGGCGAACCGCCGCCGAUUACGCGCCCCCUCCCCCGCCAAAGUGAUCCGAUCACUCUGGAUCCUCCUGCGAUUGGCCGGCAUGUCGGCAGGUCACUUCCUGUUACCCCGAAGAAGGAAGAAGACGGGGGCAGAAUUCACUCCGCUUCCAUCUCUCGUCGCUCUCUUGCUCUCUUUAUUUAUUAAAUGCCCAUGUCAUAAGAGAAAUGUACCGUUAGUUGUAAUUCAUCCUAGCGCACCUGGAGUCUGCCCACGAAAACACUUCCGGUAUCAUGUUGUGCAAAGGGACACGUUACACUAUUAUGUCCAAUCAGAGAUCAUAUUUAGUCCCAAUGAUUUGAUCGUGUGGUGUGAAUGUGAUAAAGGCAAACAGGACGCGUGUCUCCGCCAUGUUUGCAGUCUAAAAGAUUGAGAGAAGUGUUAAGUGCUACAGUAUGUACAUUCUACGGUAAUGUAUAUUAAACUCCUUUAUCUGUACAGCCCCCGACGACUAAUAUAUAUUUUUUCCCCCUUGAAGAAGUACUAAACAGUUCCUCUCCCUCUCGCUUCACUCUCUUUCUGCUCCAUCUUCAUUUUCUAGCGUCACUGUCAAAUCUUCUGUCCUUCACACAGCUGAAACGCACAAAGUUGCCGCCGGAUGUUUGUUUGAAAUAAACGGAGCGAUAUCAAA